GCCCACCGGCGACUCGCCGGACUCAGUGCAGGCCAACUCCGUGCUUCUAGCUCGGUGCUGCCGCCAUCUUCCCGGAGGAGAGGACAGAGGCAAAUCCCCUCUCCCCUUCAUCGCUCCGCAAGCACGUCGCCACCUGCCCGCUCCGGCCGCCUUCCACCCUGAGUGACCAUCUCGUUCCUUCUAAGGAAAUACCCUUCCCUGCUCCACUUGUCCACAAAGCGAAGAAUCUCAUUACCUGUUCCUCUCCUAUUAGCGUGAGGAAACCAAGCUCAUAAGACAGAAGAAAAACCAAGGAAGAUGUCUAAGCAACAGCCAGCUCAGUUUAUAAAUCCAGAAACUCCAGGAUAUGUUGGAUUUGCAAAUCUUCCCAAUCAAGUUCACCGGAAAUCUGUGAAAAAAGGUUUUGAGUUCACACUGAUGGUGGUUGGUGAAUCUGGUCUAGGAAAAUCAACUCUCAUAAACAGCCUGUUCCUGACUGAUCUCUACCCAGAAAGAAUUAUACCUGGAGCUGCAGAGAAAAUUGAAAGAACUGUCCAAAUUGAGGCUUCAACUGUUGAGAUUGAAGAGCGGGGGGUCAAGCUGCGCCUUACAGUUGUAGACACACCUGGCUAUGGGGAUGCCAUCAACUGCAGGGACUGUUUUAAGACCAUCAUCUCCUACAUUGACGAGCAGUUUGAACGGUACCUGCACGACGAGAGCGGCCUGAACCGGCGGCACAUCCUUGACAACAGGGUGCACUGUUGCUUCUACUUCAUUUCGCCUUUUGGGCAUGGACUGAAGCCCUUAGAUGUUGCGUUUAUGAAAGCAAUACACAACAAGGUGAAUAUUGUGCCUGUCAUUGCAAAAGCUGAUACUCUCACCCUGAAGGAACGCGAGCGGCUGAAAAAAAGGAUUUUGGAUGAAAUUGAAGAACAUAACAUCAAAAUCUAUCAUUUACCUGAUGCAGAAUCAGAUGAAGAUGAAGAUUUUAAAGAGCAGACUAGACUUCUCAAGGCCAGUAUCCCGUUUUCUGUGGUUGGUUCCAACCAGUUGAUUGAGGCCAAAGGCAAGAAGGUCAGAGGUCGCCUCUACCCAUGGGGUGUUGUGGAGGUGGAGAACCCAGAGCACAAUGACUUUCUGAAGCUGAGAACAAUGCUUAUUACUCACAUGCAGGACCUCCAGGAAGUGACCCAGGACCUUCACUAUGAAAACUUCCGUUCUGAGAGACUCAAGAGAGGUGGCAGGAAAGUGGAGAAUGAGGACAUGAAUAAAGACCAGAUCUUACUGGAAAAGGAGGCCGAGCUCCGCCGCAUGCAGGAGAUGAUCGCAAGGAUGCAGGCGCAGAUGCAGAUGCAAAUGCAGGGUGGCGACAGUGACAGUGGAACCCUUGGGCACCAUGUGUGAGGUCAUGUUUGCAUCUUCAUAAGUGUGGAAGAAAACACUUGGAUAAAAGAAAACAUUCCAGAUGAAUGCUACAGCUUCGAGUUUUCUUAAGGUCCUUGGAAGUGUGCCCUUCCAAAUUUGAGUACCAGUGCUUGAGGAUUUCACUUUUUAAAAUUUUUGAUUUUUUUUUGUAUGAAGUACUUUUAACAUUUGUAUUUCAUUGCUAUGUUACACCUUAUGUUUUAUGAAGUAAACUCAUUUUCUUCCUCCUUAACCACUAAUAUUAGAAUUUAUUUCUAAGACUCAUUCAGUAUGCAUAGUUGAUAGUAAAUUUCUUUGAUUUAGCUUGUCUAACUGACUAAUCAUUGGUGAGCACUCUUGAAUUAUAUUUAGAACAUUCAGGUUUAAAAGAAUGAUCCUGUAUUUUAGACAUGUAUCUGUGACAGAGAAGGCUGUUCAGACUUGGUGGCAGGUUGUAUGGUUAUUGCCAAAUCACACUUGUUGAGACUUUUCUUAAAUUUUAUAUUUGUGCAAAUACCUAAAACCAGUUGUGCUGCUAUACUUCAUUACUGUUUUUUCAUUGGAUGAGAUACAUGUUUAUAUUUAAGACACUUUUUAAAGCAGAGUUUUGGGGUUUAAUUUUAAGAGCUCUAUGGAUUCUCGUACCAGGGCGUUUUUUAAACCUCUAUGCAGAGAACUCACCAGAAGGACUUUAUAGUGCCCUGCUGGUUAUACUGUGCUGCAGAAAAAGUCAAAGCAGCUGUGAGCUCCAGCUUUACGUUGUUAUAGGAAUCAAACUGGUUCUACGCAACUAAAACUGAAUCCUUUGAAGAAACCAAUUUUUUACAUUUUAUACUGCACUUUAAUGUACUUUCUAUAACUGCAGUGGAAACUGUAGCUCUUGGGUAGCAUGCCCCUUAUCCCCAGGCUUAUUGUUGGGUGAUGCUCCUGCACAACAUGUCAUCCCCAAGAAGCCCAAAUGUCUUCCAGGGGUUUCCUCAAACCAUUUUCCAUUUUUUUUAGUCAUUUUUCUAUUGCGAGGAAAACAGCAAUGGUCAUUUUUUAUGUGUAGACUAUCUCAUCUGUUUUCAGCUAUUAUUUCCUUCAGUUUGUAGUACAAAUGUCUUCAUGAGUCCUAUAAGAAUGAAAGGAGGCAUUUCAGAACUAUACUGCAAGCAGGUGAUUGAAGCCACAUUUGGUAUAUAUAUUCUGGCUUGCUGCUCCUGUGCUGCCUUUCCUCCUGCCAUCAUGUCUAGGAAGCGACCAUGGAAAGGAACAAGUUAAGAAGACAGUGAUGUCGAGGGAGCAGAUGCUAGUUUGGUAUUUUCACUUUACUACAACAGAAGUGCAGCAGAAUAAAAUUCUUGAUUCAAGAUGAGGUAGAAUUUUUUUAAUGCAAAAAAUAGUAGUAAAAUGAGACUCAUAAAUUGUUAUAAAGAUGUAUAGCAGAAAAUAAUGUGUACUUUACUCACUUUUCCCUCACUGUUGUAACAUUGUGAAUGGUCAGAGGUUCUUUAUGUAAAGUUUCUCCCCCCAAAUUGUUCAUGACUAUAGAAUACAUCCAUGCAGCCAGCUGGUUGUGUCAUUUUGACAUUGGCUUUGUUUAGAGAAAGCUGUUUAAAAAUUUUUACACAGUUAGUUCAAUCCCUUUGUGCCACUCAGGGCAAGCUGCCAUCUGAAAAUGGCAACAUGAACCAGGAGGUAUUGCAGCCACACUUGUAAAUCUCCUUCCAUUUUACUGCCAAAAACCUAAACAUACACUUUUGCUAAGAAAUUAUUGCUCUUUACUAAGAAAUAUGUACCUAUAGAAAUGCAUUUUGAAAACACUUAUUUUACAUAGCAAGUUUCUAUCAAUUUUAAACUAACCUUUUUUUCAAUAAAGCACUAUAGUAAGUGA